UCGGGAGUGCUUCAGUGCGGGGCGCAGUAAAGCAACAAAAGGCGCUUUAUUUUGACUUCAGAGCAGUACAGUGAUACGCGCUUGGUGCGGUUUUAGGUGACGAUGCUGCUAUUCAGAGUCCGACCCGUGACAGUGCUGAUGAGUGUGCUGUUCUGGGCAUGCUCAGACUGUGCCAGUUCUGACUGCAGCCGUGUCUCCAUGGUAACAGACGUUUUGCUGGCGGAGCGAAUGCAAGACAAGCACCUGCGAAUGCUGUUUGAGAAGUAUGGGGAAAAUGGGACGAUCUCAUUGGAUGGUCUGAGGAGACUGCUGGAACAGAUAGGGCUAGACCGUAACAUGACCAUCCAGCAAAAAGGACAUUCACACCCUGACAUGCAAACACAGACACACACACAUGCUAAUGUGGACUCACACAGACAGAAACAGGCUCCUCAACCUGACCUACCUGCCAACACAAAGCAACACCCCCAAGAAGGCAACACGCCCAAGGUGGAGAAGAAUGACUCCACCUCUAAACAGCAGACUGGGCCUGCACCUGCGAAAAAGAGCGAAUCGAAUGCUCACCAUAACCUUUACAUGAAGAGGGGCCAAGAGGAGACCACACCCCUCACCACACCUUCAUAUGUCACCAAACCUCACAGAGCCAUUCGCAGUGUAGACCACAUCCCUUCUAAUCUUAACCAAGGGAAUAGCACACAUGGAAACCACACCCAGCAAACAAACAAUACUGCAGAACCAAUCACAUCCCCUAAAGACAGCCUAGCAGGGACAAGCAAAGUCCCCAAACAUGACCACAACCACGAAGGCCAUGCCCACAAUGACCAUGACCAUCAAGACCACUCCCACAGUGACCACAGCCAUGAAGGCCACGCCCACAGUGACCACGUCCACGGUGACCACGCCCACAAUGACCACGACCAUGAAGGCCACGCCCACAGUGACCACGACCAUGAAGGCCACGCCCACAGUGACCAUGGCCACGCCCACAGUGACCACGACCAUGAAGGCCACGCCCACAGUGACCAUGACCAUGAAGACCACACCCACGAUGACCACGCCCACAGUGACCACGACCAUGAAGACCACACCCACGAUCAUGGCACUGGCCACCCCAGUGAGUGUCUUAAUGCUAGCACCAUCCUCACCUCACAUGGUAUGACCCAGGAAGGAGUUCUGUCAGUCAGAGACUUUAGCUUCCUUUGCCCCGCCCUGCUCAUUCAAAUUGACUCUAUGUCCUGCUUCCAGCAUGCCGUUAACCAAUCAGGUAAGAGUCAUAAACAUCACCAUGAUCAUCAUCAUCAUCAUCAUCAUCAUCAUCAUCAUCACCUCAAUCAUCCCAGUGUCGUGGAUCAUGAAAAUAAAGGCCCAAAGGACAGUCCCAUUUAUGCAGCAUGGAUUGGUGGCAUCCUGUCCAUCACUAUAAUCAGUCUGCUGGCUCUAGUGGGCGUGGUCUUAAUUCCCCUGAUGAACAGAGUUUGUUUCAACUUCCUGCUCAGCUUCCUGGUGGCUCUCGCUGUUGGUACACUCAGCGGGGACGCCUUUCUGCACCUGAUCCCUCACUCUCAGGGUCAUCACCACCAUCAUCAUUCAGCCAAUGAGACCUGCGAUCAUGAUCCCCACGGUGACGAGGCCGAUUCUCUGAAGCCUGUUUGGACAGGGCUCACAGCCUUGGGCGGAGUCUAUUUCAUGUUCCUGAUUGAGCACUUCCUGACUCUGGGAAAAAUCUACAAAGACAAAAAACAAAAGGUGCAGAGGAGAGCAGACCUUAGUGUGGACAGGCCUGAGUCAGAGAAGUUACCACCUCCGGAGGAGACUGACAGCAAACCUGUGGAUGACAUGGAGCCCAAUAAUGGUGGGGACAGUAGGCGGGACAUUUCAGAAGAAGAGGAGGUGAUGUUAGCCCCGCCCCUCUCCACAGGGUACACGGCCGAAGACUGCGAGAAUAAGUGCCACUCCCACUUUCAUGAUACUGUUGGCCAAUCAGAUGAACUGCACCACCAUCACCAUGACUACCACCACAUCCUGCACCACCACCACUCUCAGAAUCAUCACCCGCACACACACACACACCGCCACACACACACUUACUCACUUCAACAUUUCCAGAAGGCAGGCGUGGCCACGCUGGCCUGGACAGUCAUUAUGGGAGACGGACUACACAAUUUCAGUGAUGGACUGGCCAUAGGCGCUGCGUUUACGGAGGGAUUGUCCAGUGGCCUCAGUACAUCAGUAGCUGUAUUCUGCCAUGAGCUUCCUCACGAGCUUGGUGAUUUUGCCGUGUUGUUGAAGGCAGGCAUGUCAGUAAAGCAGGCAGUGCUGUAUAAUCUGCUGUCUGCAGUGAUGGGAUAUUUUGGAAUGGCAGUGGGCAUUCUGAUUGGUCACUACGCUGAGAAUGUGGCGAUGUGGAUCUUUGCUCUGACAGCAGGGCUCUUCAUGUAUGUUGCCCUAGUGGACAUGGUUCCAGAGAUGCUGCACAAUGAUGCCAAUGAACAGGGCUUCAGUCACUAUGGCUACUUCCUCCUGCAGAAUGCUGGGAUAUUACUAGGCUUCGGCAUCAUGCUGGUCAUCGCUGUGUUUGAUCACAAGAUACAACUCAGCCUCAACUUCUGA